GAAGCCAUGCCGCCGGUCUCGCAAUGGAGCGGCACGCCGGCCAUCAAGGGGUCGACCGAGUCGAUGCGCAUGGCGCUGCUGACGCUGGUGCUGGUUGGGUUGCAGUUCACCUGGGGCAUCGAAAUGACUUACUGCACGCCCUACCUCCUCCAGCUCGGGCUCACCAAGAGCCGGAUCAGCCUCGUGUGGGUCGCCGGCCCGCUGUCGGGCCUCAUCAUGCAGCCCGUUGUGGGCGUCAUCGCGGACCGGUCGACGAGUAAAUGGGGCAGGCGGCGGCCGUUUAUGGUGGGUGGGACUGUGGUGGUUAGUCUGUGUUUGCUGGUGCUGGGGUGGACGAGGGAGCUUGUGGGGGCGUUUGUGUCGGAUGUAGAGCUGAGGAAGUCGUGUACGAUAACGCUGGCUGUGUUGAGCAUUUAUGCGGUGGAUUUUGCUAUCAAUGCUGUUCAGGGAUCUUGUCGCAGUCUGAUCGUGGAUACGCUCCCUAUUUCGAAACAGCAGAUGGGCUCAUCGUGGGCUAGCAGGAUGGUUGCGGUUGGGCAUCUGAUCGGAUAUGGAGCUGGAGCUCUGGACCUUGGGAAGAUAUUUGGACCGACGCUGGGAGAUACGCAGUUCAAGCAAUUGACCGCUAUUGCAACUAUUGCAUUGUGUGUCACGGUUGGGACGACAUGCUGGGCAGUCACUGAGAGGGUUCUGAUAUCGGACGGGUAUGUUCAGAGUGGCGAUAUCGGAGCAAUUGAGACCAUCACACAAAUCCUGAAGACGGCUACCAGCCUGCCACCUCGCAUUGCAGCUAUCUGCUUCGUACAGUUCUGGUCGUGGAUUGGAUGGUUCCCGUUCCUCUUCUACAGCACAACUUGGGUGGGAGAGAUAUACCUGCGAUACGACGCCCCUGUCGAGGCGCGAGAGUCAGACGACACGCUCGGCCAAGUUGGUCGAAUCGGUAGCAUGGCUCUGAUUGCCUUUUCAACAAUCACUUUCGCCUGCUCCGUCAUGUUGCCAUGGUUCGUCGAGGCUCCCCAGGACGAGAGGCCAGGCUUCACACCUCGGCCGCCGACCCGAAUUGCGCCGAUGUUGAUUGAGCUUGAAAAGUACAAGCCGACGCUCCUUACGACAUGGAUGAUAUCUCAUUGUAUCUUUGCCGGCUCCAUGAUUCUUGCACCGUUCGUUACGUCGCUGCAUGGCGCAACUGUCCUGGUAUCCUGGGCAAUCACAUGCUGGGCGCCUUUCACCUUCAUGGGCGUUGAAAUCAACAAAAUCAGUACAGUAGGGAAUGGCCAUUCUUAUGGCCAUUUGAAUCGUGAUUCCAUAGAGCUCGAAGCCGGCAGCUCUCCUGUCCUGCGCCUCGCCCACUUUCCAGACGAAACGCCAGCCUCGACCGGAGAAGGAUCAGGGGUCUAUCUUGGCAUUCUUAACCUCUACACGACGCUCCCGCAAUUUGUCGGGACCUUUAUUUCAUGGGCUGUGUUUUCCAUUCUGGAGCCGGGGAAGAGCCCCGAGCUGGCCAAGGAGGCGCACCCGGACGAGCACCACUCGACGGACGGGCCAAACGGGAUUGCAGUUUGCCUCUUCAUCGGCGCGAUAUCAGCGGUGGCGGCGGCGUACGCGACCACGCGGCUGCGGCACAUUCACUAAAUUUAGUCUUUGUUUCUUUUCUGCGGCGUUUGGCGGCUCCAGCUCAGACAUGGCUGGAGCAGGCUUGGGCGGCGAUAUGGCUUGUACAAUCAGCGAGCGGGCGGCAUUGUCGGGCGUUUGAUACCACAUAGACAGUCGAUAGCAUGAAGCAAUCUUCGCAUUGGCAAAUAUGUGUGUGCUCUGUAUAUGCCGCUGCGGUGGCCCGAUGCAGUGCCAGGUGUCGUGUCGUCUGUACGAGUCUCGCCAGCGCACUCUCCAUAUCUCCAUCUGCACACUACACAAAUACCACGACCCGGAUUGCUGCUCGUUGCACAUACUCAGCUUCGUCAAAACACAUUCACCGCGCCACCUGCACGCGUUUCAACAGAUUAUUGCCGCUGGGCCAUUGCUCGGCUGCUCCCUGUCGUUGCUAGGCACAUCGAGCGAGGUUGAGUGAGGGGCGAACUAGCGUACCUAAUUUUCUUUGGGGCAACCCUACA